GUUAUUGGACUCCAGAUCUGUACAGGGGGAGCUGGGAUGGGUCGCCAACCCGACAGAAGGAGGGUGGGAGGAAGUGAGUAUUAUGGAUGAGAAGAACAUUCCCAUUCGGACGUACCAGGUGUGUAACGUCAUGGAACCAAACCAGAACAACUGGCUCCGCACUGACUGGAUCCCCCGCGGUGGUGCUCAACGAGUCUACAUUGAGAUCAAGUUCACCCUCCGAGACUGCAACAGCCUCCCGGGGGUCAUGGGAACCUGCAAGGAAACCUUCAAUCUUUACUACUAUGAGUCCAACAAUGACAAAGAGCGCUACAUCCGUGAGAACCAGUUUGGAAAGAUCGACACCAUUGCAGCGGACGAGAGCUUCACUCAGGUGGACAUUGGUGAUCGCAUCAUGAAGCUGAACACAGAGGUGCGAGAUGUUGGCGCCUUGACCCGGAAGGGCUUCUAUUUGGCCUUCCAGGAUGUUGGAGCGUGCAUCGCUCUCGUGUCUGUCAGGGUCUUCUACAAGAAAUGUCCUUUAGCAGUGCGCAACUUGGCCCAGUUUCCUGAUACCAUCACUGGAGCCGAUACCUCCUCACUUGUGGAAGUUCGUGGCUCAUGCGUGGAUAACUCAGAGGAGAAGGAGGUUCCUAAGAUGUACUGCGGGGCUGACGGAGAGUGGUUGGUCCCCAUUGGGAACUGCCUGUGCAACCCUGGAUAUGAGGAGCGCAAUGCAGAAUGCCAAGCCUGUAAGAUCGGUUACUACCGGGCCCUGGCCACCGAUGGACUCUGUUCAAAGUGUCCACUUCACAGUUACUCGGUCAGGGAGGUAUCCACCUCCUGUGUCUGCGACAAGGGAUACUUUCGCUCAGAAACAGACCCGGCAUCCAUGCCCUGCACCCGUCCUCCGUCUGCGCCUGUCCACCUCAUCUCCAAUGUGAACGAGACCUCCGUAAACCUGGAGUGGAGCCCGCCCCGGAGCUCAGGAGGGCGCCAGGACUUGUCAUACAAUGUGGUGUGCAAGCGCUGCGGGCCCGAUGGCCGUCGCUGUCAGCCCUGCGGUAAUGGCAUCCACUUCAGCCCCCAGCAGCUGAGCCUGAAGGGGACCAGGGUGUCCAUCAACGAGCUGCAGGCCCACACAAACUACACCUUCGAGGUGUGGGCAGUGAACGGAGUCUCGCCUCAGAGCCCAGGGCCAGAGCAGGCUGUGUCGGUGACCGUCACCACCAACCAGGCCGCUCCAUCUCCAGUGACGUCCAUCCAAGGGAAGGAUAUCACAAGACACACCAUCUCACUGUCCUGGCAGCCACCGGAUAGAGCCAAUGGGGUCAUCUUGGAAUAUGAAGUCAAGUACUACGAGAAGGACCAGAAUGAGAGAAGCUACCGAAUCAUAAAAACAUCAUCCAGGAACGCUGACAUCAAGGGCCUCACCCCCCUCACUUCCUACGUGUUCCAUGUGCGAGCUCGCACCGCAGCGGGCUACGGGGAUUUCAGCGGGCCCUUUGAGUUCAUGACCAACUCCGUCCCAGCUCCCAUUAUUGGCGAUGGGGCCAACUCCACAGUGUUACUGGUGUCAGUGGUGGGCAGCGUGGUCCUCCUCAUCAUCCUCAUCAGUGCUUUCGUCAUCAGCCGAAGGAGUAAGUACAGCAAGGCCAAGCAGGACUCAGAUGAAGAAAAGCACUUACAUCAAGGAGUGAGGAUAUACGUCGAUCCCUUUACCUACGAGGACCCGAACCAAGCUGUCCGUGAGUUUGCCAAGGAGAUUGACGCCUCCUGCAUUAAGAUCGAGAAAGUCAUCGGCAUCGGGGAGUUUGGCGAGGUCUGCAGCGGCCGCCUCAAGAUGCCGGGCAAGAGAGAGAUCUGCGUGGCCAUCAAGACGCUGAAGGCCGGCUACACCGACAAGCAGAGGAGGGACUUCCUGUCCGAGGCCAGCAUCAUGGGCCAGUUCGACCACCCGAACAUCAUCCACCUGGAGGGCGUGGUCACCAAAUGUAUGUCAAACAUGAGGUAUCCCCAGGUGGGCUUUGUCCAGAUGGAAGGGGUCCAGCAUUG